UUCAAAUCCCCACCAGUAAUAAUCCCUUGGUGGGGCGUAUCUGUGGUGGGAGAAGGGAACACAGUACAGAUUUGGAAUUACACAUAUAGAACAACAACAGUCCAGGAUCAGCUGCUAUCGCUGUCAGUGGUGCCUUUCAGAUUUGGUUUAUUUUAUUUGGAGUGGGGUAGACAAAAAACUUCAAAAUGGACGCUAUCAAGAAGAAGAUGCAGGCGAUGAAGAUGGAGAAGGAUAGUGCCAUGGACAAGGCCGACACUUGUGAAGGCCAGUCCAAGGAUGCUAACCUUCGUGCAGAUAAAGUAAAUGAAGAUGUGAGAGAUUGUCAAAAGAAAUUGACUCAGGUAGAAAGUGAUUUAGACACUAACAAGAAUAAGUUGGAAGAGGCCAUCAAGCAGUUAGAGGAUAGAGAAAAGGCACUUACUGCGGCUGAAAGUGAAGUUGCCGCUUUGAACAGGAAAGUCCAGAUGAUUGAAGAAGACCUCGAAAGAUCCGAGGAAAGGUCUCAAGCUGCUGCAUCAAAAUUAGCUGAAGCUUCUCAAGCAGCUGACGAAUCUCAACGUAUGUGCAAAGUACUCGAAAACCGUAGCCAGCAAGACGAGGAACGUAUGGACCAGUUGACUAACCAAUUAAAGGAAGCUCGUCUCUUAGCUGAAGAUGCUGAUGGAAAAUCUGAUGAAGUUUCGAGGAAACUUGCUUUCGUUGAAGAUGAACUUGAAGUAGCAGAGGAUCGUGUGAAAUCUGGUGAUUCAAAAAUCAUGGAGUUGGAAGAAGAAUUGAAAGUUGUUGGAAACAGCUUGAAAUCGUUGGAAGUUUCCGAAGAAAAGGCCAAUCAACGAGUGGAAGAGUACAAGCAUCAAAUCAAACAGCUCACUGUGAAAUUAAAGGAGGCUGAAGCUCGUGCUGAAUUUGCCGAGAAGACCGUUAAGAAAUUGCAGAAGGAAGUUGACAGACUUGAAGAUGAACUCGGCCUUAACAAAGACAGAUAUAAGUCUUUGGCUGACGAGAUGGAUUCCACGUUUGCUGAAUUGGCUGGAUAUUAACCUUCUAGACUUGGUCACAUUUUCGAAGGAAUUUACAUUUAAAGUAAAUAAUUACCUAAUGAUUUUAUCAAAUAAUAUUACCAUCAUCAAUUCUAUUAAUAAAUCAAAAGAAUAUUACAUUAAAUUAUUACUGUUAGAUUAUUUAUUGUUUGAACCAGUGUAUACAUAGGUAUAUAUCAUAUAUAUAAAUGUAUUACGUGUGAACAUAUUAACCAAUUAACAAUUUAAACUUUACAAUUUUAUCUGUAUUCUAGCUUUAUUAUUAUAGCAUUAAUGUACAAUAA